AUGUCAUCCAGCCACGCAUCCCUAGAUGCAGCGUCCAACGAUCGCAAAGCCCGCCUGGCGAAGCUCGCAGCAUUGAAGCGCAAGCAACCCGAAACCGACGACACAUUGCCAGACACCGAUGGCGAUGGCGAUACGAAUAUCGAGGACUCCGGAGCCUCGGAAAUGACGACUAAAUACCUGUCUGGUCGCAACUACGACGCCGAGACUCGCGGCCCCAAGCUUGGUUUCGAAGAAGGCCCUCAAGAAGGCCAAGUGACUGUCGAAACGCAAGCAGCUGAGAUUGAAGAGGCUAUGAAACAACAAGCACAAAAGGACGAUUUGGCCGAUCAACCCAUCGACUUGUUCAAAUUACAACCGAAGAAACCCAACUGGGAUCUGCGCCGAGAUCUUGAUGAGAAACUGAAGAUUCUCGAUGUGAGGACCGAAAAUGCAAUUGCCAAGCUGGUUCGACAACGGAUAGAAGGUGCUCAGCGUGCGGCGAAGGAACGAGGCGCCGGCUCCAAUGGUGGCGAUCAAGGGGAGGAAGUGGGGAUUGAGGGCGAAGCGCUGGUUGAAGGAAUUCAUCUACGUGAACAGGAGGAGGAUAAGGAUGAGGAUACGAUUUGA